AUGGCCAGCGCCGUCUCAUCCCUCCACGCCGGGUCAGGCAACGAACGCUUCAACGCCGAAGCCGCCUCGUGGGACCGGAACCCUUUUGUCCACAGCGCCAGCAGGCAUGCGUCGACUGCAAUACUCUCGCGCUUCCCAGCGCUCAAGAACCCACCGGGCCCCAACGGACUGGACAUCCUGGAGAUCGGCUGCGGCACGGGCCUGCUCUCGUUCAUGCUGGCACCGUAUGCGAGACGUCUGGUCGCCGUCGACGCCGCGGAGGGGAUGAUUGACGUUCUCAAAACCAAACUCCAGGCAGACGGGGCGCCGCAGAACAUUGUGCCUGUGGCGGUCCUGCUGGAGGAUCCCGAGGACAAAAGCCUCCCCCCAGCAGACGAUAAGGAACCUAAUGGGAAAAGGCUCAAGUUCGACCUCAUCACGUCGCACCUGGUCCUGCACCAUAUCCCGGACUUGCGGGCGGUGCUGACGACCAUGCUCGGCUGCCUGAAGGACGGGGGCAGCAUUGCUCUAACGGACUUUGAGGACACGGGACCAGAAUCGAAGAGGUUCCACGCGAAGUCGAGGAUGGGCGGCGUCGAGAGGCACGGGAUCAAUCGCGACAUGAUGGAAAUCCUGCUCAACGAGGUCGGCUUCGUCAAUGUUCGCGUCGAAACCGCCUGGAGCAUGGACAAGACCGUCGAGAAAUUCGAGGGCGAGUUUGGCGACCAGGGAAGGCCGAACAACCAACAAGGCCAGGGCGAGAUUCGGAGCUUUCCCUUUGUACUGUGUAUGGGUGAAAGGAAGUUUUGUCAGUGA